UUCCCCUUCUGUAAAGCCCUAGCCUGCAGGUAACAAGGGAGCCUGCUGAGGAGGACUUGCGUCUGGCGGGGCUUUGAGAGCUGUUCUCCGGCCGCUUUCUUGGCUGCCUCGCUGAGGGCAAGGGGGCUUCUCCUGAGGGCAGCGGCAGCUCCCCGAGAGCUUUCCUCAGUUUCCUCAGCGCUUUCCUCAGUUAACGCACUGCACGAGACUAUUCUCAGGUUCGGGGCUGUGUGUAAUAAAAACUAUCGGAGCAUUCUGCCUCUGCCCAAAGCCCUGCUUCCUUCUCACACUGCUGCCGUUUCCCAGAUCCAGUGAAACACACGGGUUUUUUCGCAGGGGGCUAAAAAGAACGGCUUUGUAAUGAGGAGGCUGCUGCUGGAAAAGUUGCUCAAUGCAGUCUGUGCAGGAUUGCUGCAAAAUGUAGGAGGAUUUGGCUGUGGGUGUGAUGGGGACGCUCGUGUGAGGGGGAGCGCGCUGAGGAGAACGGCGGCGCCCGGCAGGCUGCCAGCGCUGGAGGUGCGCCCGGGAAGGAAAAAAAAGCAAUAAAGACUCCAUGGAAUCCCAUCGUGAAAAUGAAGCUGUCAUGCCACGGCAGAAUGGGCACUCUGUUGGCUUGCAGUUCGUGUUGCCUGUCCUUGAUCACAACUGGCUAUCUGUUAAGAGCAAUGUUCAGAUUCUCCAACUGAGAUCAGAGUCCAGCUGGGUUUACCCUAAUCCUCGAUGAUCUCCUAUAGAGAUGUUUGACCAGCCAAGGUUUUACAGACUUCAUUACCAGUAGCUGAUUAAAAUCAAAAGAUGCACAGGAAAUAAGUGAGUCUGGCCACUUUCUGCAUCUGCUCUCAUGUUGGAAUGGAAGCUGCGCACUGCCUAAGGAGGCUCUGUGAGCAUGUGCUGGAACAGUAAUUUCUCCUGCUAUACCUUUUGAGGCAGAAUUAUGUGGAUACAAAUGAGGAGACUUCCCUAUGAAAUGAGUUAUUUGGAUAAAUCCCUCAAGAAGUUUUCAUAAAGUUGCAUUUUGUUUCUUGAUUUAAAAGUGUAGGAGAAGACUCUGAACUAGUGUCCUACCCCAGACAAAAGCAUGAUCUACAUGCCUAGAAGUUUGGAUAUAUGGAUUAAAUUUCUUCCUACAGAGAGGAACAUUUAAUUUCAGUUUUUAGUGGCUGGGCUUCAUCACCGGAAAUGACUAUAGUGAUUGAAGUUCCUCAUAGCUUGAACGCAAAAUUGACUUGUAGCUUGUUGCACUAAGGAAGCACUUUAUAAUAUAUGGUGCCUUUCUGCACCGGGAAAUAUGCAGAACCCGAGUGCACAUGAAAGCACAGGCUUGCAGUCCCAGCCACCUCCCGAGGAGCAGAAUUAUGGAGCUACUGAAGCACAUGAGAGACAAGGUCCAUUUGUGUCAGUGUCAAGGAACAGACCAGCAAAGAGAGGUUACCUGACAGUUGGUGUGCUAUGCUAUGCGAAUUUAAUAAAUUUCAUGGACUGGUUUAUUGUACCAGGGAUCCUGUUGGAUAUACAGCAAUACUUUAAUCUCAGAGAUGAGGAGGCAGGUCUACUGCAAACAGCCUUCAUCUUGUGUUACAUGGUGGCUGCCCCCUUCUUUGGAUACCUUGGUGACCGGUACAACAGGAAAAUCAUCCUUGGAGCUGGUAUUUUCUUCUGGUCUGCUGUAACAUUAGGAACCUCAUUCAUCAGUGAAUCGUAUCACUGGAUGUUCUUUCUUUCACGGGGACUAGUUGGGAUUGGCACGGCCAGUUAUUCCACAGUAGCACCUACCAUCAUUGCAGACCAGUUUGAUGAGGGAAAAAGGACCACAAUGUUAUCUGUCUUCUAUAUCUGCAUUCCAGUGGGAAGUGGUCUUGGUUAUGUCCUAGCAUCCAGCAUGGCAAAUGUCACAGGUGACUGGCACUGGGCAUUCCGGGUAACUCCUUGCCUGGGAGGUAUAGCACUGGUUCUUCUGAUUAAACUGGUCCCUCACAAGAUCCAGAGAAGGACAGAAGCACACAGAGCAUUGAGCAUCUCAGGCACAAUACGAGUAGCAGCUGAAAAACCUGGUGUACAGAGAUCUGCCAAGACUACUUGGUGGCAAGAUGUCAUAUCACUUGGCAAGAAUUGCAGUUUUGUCUGGUCCACGCUGGGUUUGACUGCCAUGGCCUUUGUUACUGGAGCGCUGGGAAUGUGGGUACCGAUGUUUCUUUACAGGGCUCAGGUUGUCCAGGGCACUGUAUCACCAUGCGUCGAAAAAUCAUGCAAUUCAUCUAACAGCCUAAUAUUUGGAGGCAUCACCAUUGGGACAGGAAUCUUGGGUGUUGUUGCUGGGGCAGAAGCUGCAAGAAGAUUAAGGAAGAUAAACAACAGAGCUGAUCCUCUGAUCUGUGCCACAAGCAUGUUUGUUUCUGCUCUGUGCUUGUUCAUAGCACUGAUGAUGGCCCAGAGGAGCAUCACUUCCACUUUUAUUUUUAUUGCAUUAGGAGAGCUAUUUUUAUCUGCAAACUGGGCUGUUGUGACAGACAUACUGCUGUAUGUCGUGACACCGAGGCGGCAGUCUACAGCUAUUGCCCUGCAGAUUUUGGUGAGCCAUUUGCUGGGAGAUGCAGGCAGCCCAUAUCUUGUUGGGGCUAUCUCCAGUGUUAUUCAGGCCAACAACAAUCACUCAGUCCAGUGGAGUUUCAGGAGCCUGCAGUACAGCUUCAUCAUCUGUGUUUUUGUUGGUGUCAUUGGAGGAGGUUUUUUCCUGCUGACAUCUUUCUACGUUGAAGAUGAUCGUAAGGAAGCAGAGAAGCAUUAAGGUUUCUACGUAUCUUUUAAACCUUUAUCUUAUAACUUUCCUGUUUGUAUGCCAGCCAUGAUAUUGACUCUGUAAAGUUAAAACACAAAUGUACAUGUUGUGGUAAUAAUACAAUAGUUUCUAUAAAUAAAAGAAAUGUAAAAUCCCA